AUGGCGACCACUAGUCCACAUUACCUCACUCUUGACGAGUAUGCGGACCUACGCAACAAACAGGAUGAGAGUUUGAGAAAGGAGUUCUCAUCAAUUAGGAACAACAUUCAUAACGUCACGACUAAUACAGAAAUCCUUAAGACCGACGUCAAAACCCUUAAGACCGAUGUCGAAACCCUCAAGACUGACGUCGAAACCCUCAAGACUGAUGUCAAAACCCUCAAGACUGACGUUGAAACCCUCAAGACCGACGUUAAAACCCUCAAGACCGAUGUUGAACUCCUCAAGACCGACGUUAAAACCCUCAAGACCGAUGUUGAACUCCUCAAGACCGAUGUUAAAACCCUCAAGACCGAUGUUGAAAUCCUUAAGACUGAUGUCGGAACCCUUAAGACUGAUGUCAACGAGCUUCGAACUGAGAUCAGAGAGCUUCGAACCGAGAUCAGGGAAAACCGAACCGAGAUCAGGAAUGUCAGAACCGCGCAUAUGAAUGGCUCCUUGAAGAACCCAAUCCUGCCAUUUCGCGCUCCACUUGUCUACGACCCCAUCAGCCAGAAAAUUGUCGAGCCUGAUCGUGCCCUAUUUCCUCGGCAUGCCAGAGAGUUUUACGCCCUCAGAGACCCUAGCACGGACCGCCUGCGAAAGAUAUUGAUCUAUCUCGCCAGCUUCUACGACGUGCAUAUCGAGAUGGAUCAUGAUGCUGACGAAAGCGGUGAAGACACGGCAGUCCUAGGGCAUCCGGCCCAGAUUGUGGACCUACUAGAAAGCAUAUUUGGUCUGAACGAAGACAACUUCAUCAGAUUCGCAGAAAGAGCUCAGGAACUGGAUACUCAGCCAUCAUCCCAAAGGAAACGCUUCCACACACAGCAGCCCACUGCACCGCAGCCAGCUCCAGUCCGCCAGAGACUCGACAAGACCGAGCCACCCCCCGAACACGAGAGCCUUUCAUCAAAAGGCGAAGUCAACCGAAUAAAGAGGCCCCAGCCCGACACAGCAGACAACGGGAGCACUACAAAUCCCUUUUCAAGCCCGCGGGACUCUGUCCACUAG